GUUUUGUCAACACAAUAGGAGUCUAACCUCAAACUCCUCCAAACAUGACCCAAAAAUUCUCGUGAAACCGCCUGCACACAAUGCACAGCAGAUAAGGGAGUGCAUACUGAUCUCACAGACUGUUCGGUCAAGUAUUCAUGGCAGAACUUGACGAAGGCUUAUUUAGGCUCUGGGACGUUGGUUUGAGAAUCUCAAAAAAUGAAAAAUUGUAAUUAAACAUUAACAAUGGACAUCAAAGAGGACGAUAGUCUCGACGACUUGAACUCCACCCUGACCGAAGACUCUCAGCUAUUAGAAACCACUUCGGAGAAAUCCGAAGCACCGUCCGAAGGGGCAGAGCAAAAAUUGCGUUAUCGAGAAUUGAAGAAAAAGUUGGAAUCCACUGAAGAAAAAAUUUAUAAGUAUGAGGAGAGUAUCUCAAACAUAUCGAAAACGUCUUCGGAGGUGAUUUUCGGGUCUGUGAAUGAGGGAUCAAAAAGAAAUGAUUAUUCUCAGAAGACCAUAUCGAAUAUUCAGGAGUAUAUUAGGAAACUGGAGGAGCAGUUCAAGGAGUUGGAUAAAGCUGACGCUCAGGUUAUCAAAACCACAGACCGAGUAUUACAAGAAAUCGAUGAUUCGUACGACCACUUGAUCUCGAAUAUAGCGAAGGAGAUAAACAAAAAGCGAGAAUUGAUGAAGUUGGAAGCCAAAGUAUUCAAGAAUGAAAGCCUAGUCCCGUUGAAAGCCUGUCGAGAAGAAAUCCACAGGCAAAUAUUGAAGACUAAAAAGUCCAUUUCCACAAUCGAAAGCAUGAAGAAUGAAUACCACUCUAUGAGCCAUGUGGAGCGCCAUGAAUUAUUGAGUGCAGACAGACAAAUUGGAGGAAUACCAGCAGUGCCUUUCUUGGACGAACUCCCUUACCUAAACUUCAAGUCGCCAUCAAGAGCACAAGUCAAUGAACUCCUCAACAGAGUCUACAACAUGGGAACGAUCUUACGACUGGGUCCAGUUCAGAUAACGGAUAUAGAAGAAAAACCGGGGUCGGUAUUCGUCAAGUGGGGCAUCGCAGAUCCUGAAUAUGCUUUUGAGGAUCACAUUUACGUUCUCCAAAGGGCACUUGGAGAGGUCCUCGAUCCCACCUCCAACGAGUUUACGACAAUCUACGAGGGGAGUGAGGAGUCUUGCUUCGUUAAAAAUGUCGAAAUUAAUCGUCCAAUUACUCUCAGAGUUGGGAUUCAAUCGCUGGAGUCUGCGUGGAGCUCAAUGAGAAUUACCAAGACAUCAGUGCCAAAUUAUGGUUGGUCCCUCAAUAAUGAAGAUUAUAUGAUCACGAAUAAUGGAACAGUCGCAGCGAAAAUUAACGAUCACGUCAGUGCGGUAUUUUCCCGUGAAGCCCUCAUAGACGCCAAUCAAAUAAUUGAGUUCAAGUUUUUAGAAGUUCCAGCUCAAGUCAUGAGCGACGAAGGAAUCGCCUUAUUAUCAGAGCCUGGAGGAAAAAAUGACUCUUUGAGGCGAAGGGGAUCACUGAUGAUCACUGCGCGGGGUAAAAUUUUCAUGGAUGGAGAGGAGAAACUCAUGCAACUCCCCUCAGUCCACUCUGGUACGAGAAUCAUAUUCACUAUUGCGAGAAGGGAUGAAGAGACUUUACGAGUUAAUAUCGAAUGCUCGGAUAAGGCGGUCACUUAUUAUUGGAACGUUGAGACUCCACUUUAUUUCAGCGCCAGAUUUUUACAGUCGAAAAAAUGGAAUUUAAUGGUUAAAUAAAUUUUUAUAUGUAUGUUAAUAAAUCAGUUGUUGAGAACGUGAA